UUCACGAUUCGAACGUACUUGUUAAUUUCGGGAGUUUGAUCAAACUAUACGUUUGCUAAAAGUCUCUAACCACAUCAUCGUCGUCAUCGUCGUGGUCGUCAUCAUCGUCAUGAUCGUCAUGAUCGUCAAAAUCGUCAAAAUCGUCAUCAUCGUCAAAAUCGUCGUCAUCGUCCUUGAUUCUGGACGCUUGAGCUUGGACAGCGUCUACAGAUUCCUCCGAUUGAACGGUUUCGACGGCAUCUUCGUCAUCGUCGUCGGUGAACUGGGCAUCGUCCGACUCGUCUGGGACGACGUCUCGCUGGAUCAUGCCUUCUUGUCCAUUGUUCCACCUGUCCAAGCGGCGGGAUGCAUGGGAGUCAGACGCGGUGGCGCACACCGCCACAAACAGCGCAGCCAUGAACAGCGUACACGAAACAACACGCAUGGCGCGAUUGGGUCGAAAUCCAAUAUGCCAACCAGCCAGGAGAUAAUUUAGGCCUCGUUCGGUAAUUAGUUCCCAUUUACCCUCUGGUACAGGGUAAAGGUAGUACAAAACAAUGGAUACGGU